ACUUCAUUCUCGGCAGGGUUCGCGUACUCCGCGUCACGCGACAGCAUCGUAGAGCUGCGGACCCGCGACGAGUUCGAGUCCUGCGACCUAACCAACCCGAUCAGGCUCUACACAGGCGGGCUCGACAAGGUGAGGCUCGAAGAAGAGGGGACCCGUUACUUCACGAGCAGCAAGCCCGAGAACUGCCGAAACGGGCUCAAGUUGCACGUCGAUGUGGCGAACCGACCCGAGUCUAGUGAGCCCAAGAAGGCGGUCGAACCGGCCGUUACUCGGGCAAUCGCAGAGGGGCCCAAGCCGUCAGGCUCGGCCGGUUUGAAGGCAUACUGGCUAGUGUGGUUUGCUGUGGGUCUUCUUAGCAGCAUGAGCUUGUUUGCUUGAAAGUUGGUUCUAGCUGCUGCUGCUGCUGCUGCUGCUGCUGCUGCUGCUUAUGUUUUGUAGCUCUAUGAUAACAACAUCAAGUUGACCCAAAACAUUUUUAGGGUGUUAUGUUUUUGGCUUAGUUGGUUUUGUUUGAACAAUAAUGGUAUUGUAAAAGCUAUAUAUGCUUACUCUAUUUAGGCUUAAAUUUGCUGUGUUUAUUGCCUACUCUAUUUAUUAGGGUUACUCAACACAGUAUAUAAAAAAUUUGGAGCAUUGUGAAUAAA